AUGCUAGCAUUGUCGUCAACUGCAGAUACAGACCGUCUCAGAGGAAUCGUGGAAUACACAGCUGCAAUUGUGUUUCUCGGGACUCCACAUAGAGGAAGCCCUGAAUUUUCGGCGAUCGGGGAGCGAGCCCGAGUAGUACUGAACAGUCUGGGCUUCCAAACAACAGCAGCUAUCCUAGACGCUCUUCGUCUGGGGAACAACGACCUGCAGCGCGCUCACGAAUCUUUCACUCGACUCUGGCAGAAAUACGACUUUCGGGUGAAAACCAUCCAGGAAGGUCUUGGCCUAAGUGGGUUCAACUUUGGGGUUCUCGGCGCAAAGGUUGUACCUGAUUCUUCAUCAAUCAUUGGAGACCCAAGAGAACAUGCAGAAACUCUGCAGGCCAACCAUUUUGGGAUUUGUCGUUUCCGCAGUGGCACAGAUCCCAACUAUAUCAAGGUCUCUGGAGAGAUUCGAGACAUUUACAGUCGAAUCGAGACCGCUCAGACCCAAUGCCACGAUCUAGUCAAAGAGAGAGGGCCCUCUCAAUUACGAAUAAACAGCGAUAGGACUAUAUAUCCAUCUAAUGUGGAGCCUGAGAUUGGAGAGAAUAAUCCGGAACGACUCACGCCAAGUAUGUUAGCUGCUUUCAUUGAGUCACUUGGCUUUGAAGGUAUGCACUACCGACAAGAAUCGAUUUCACCUCCAUCAGACAACACCUUGCAAUGGCUAUUUGAAAAUCCUGUCUAUGGGUCGUGGCGCACAAGUCCUAACCCUAGUGACCGUCUUCUAUUCAUCAAGGGCAACCCAGGCUCAGGGAAAUCCGUCUUGAUGAAGGAGGCUGUCCGAGAUAUGCAAUCUACAUCUAAUGAAAAGUUUGCUUCUGCAAGCUUUUUUGUCAACGCACGAGCUACCUGUAUCGAUUAUAUGCAUAUUCCAGAGCUAGACGAUCUAGCUACUGCCCGACAGAAGAUGCGGAUGAGGAGUUCUGUGUCAUCGUCUGGACGGUCGGCGUCCGUCCUAAGUGAACGUCAGAAACUGAACACCCCACAGCACAAUAGACAGCCAAAAGGUAUACUCAAAAGCCUCCAAGAAAUGCCUGCGCCUGAUUCUCUUGAUCUUGUUGAGAGUUGGAUAUUGGGGGAAUUCCCGACAUCCAACUCUUUUCCUGUUGUUGAAUCAUGGAGUGAUUCACCUCCCCUCGAUUCCGUUGGCAUUGCUUCACAAGCUUUACCGGACUAUCCUGCUCUGCUUGUUUACUCUGUAAAUGAGCUAUGCUAUCACAUCAUGGAAGCUAUGAACUUCAACGAAUCCGUUUUUGAGCUUCCGGAAAGGUUGAAUGAUGCAGCCACAUGGCAACGUCUGGCUGACCUCGGCAUUAAUAAGGACAUAUUUACACAAGCCAUCGAUAUCAAAAGACUACAACAUUUCUUUAAACAUUCAUCAAUAUUGUUACAAUCAAGACGAGUCAGAAAGCAUCGUCAAAAUACAGAAGAACCCCCAAGACAGGGGCACGGCGUUUUUUAUGAAGUCUUGAAAAGGGUUCGUGGGCUUGGUGACCUGGGAAAGCAUAAGAGGAAUGGCUCUGAAGACUUUCAACAGCCAAGAAUCACAAGACGCGAUACAAGUUCUAUUCAAAGUAGAAGGCGGCCAAGAAGUAUCGCCAGCUUUAGUUCCGCAGACAGUCACCGGAGAGCUCAAAGUGUCUAA